AUGAAGUCUUUCACGACCGCGUCGCCAAAGAACUUCGCAUACCUUGAAUCCUUGGGCGCCAGCAAAGUCAAGUGCUUCGACUACCGCUCUCCGACGGUCGCAGAGGACGUGGCCGCCGGACUGAAGAGCAGCAAUGGCCCCCUCGCCGGCGUGAUUGACUGCACCAGCGUUACGAACGCCGUGCAAACCUGUGCGUCCAUCCUCUCGCUAUCGAAUAAUGCAGACAAGAUCAUCGCUACAGUUCUCCCACCGCCGGAAACUAUCACCAAUGCGCGCCGUAUCUUUGGCCUAAGUCUCAAGGAGAAUGAAGUCGGCAAGGCCAUCUACGAGGACUUCCUGCCAGAAGCGCUGAGCAAGGGCACGUUCAUCCCUGCCCCUGAACCGAUGGUGGUUGGCACGGGUCUCGAGGCUAUGCAGGCCGCUUUCGAUGCGCAGAAAGCCGGCGUCAGUGCGAAGAAAGUCAUUGUCAAGCUAUGA